CCGCGAUGAGGCUCGGUGUGUGCGGGGCCGUGCUGCUGCUCGCGGCCGCCUACUACGUGUACCUGCCGCUCCCGAGCGGCGUGAGCGAGCCGUGGAAGCUGAUGCUGCUGGACGCGCUGUUCCGGAGCUUCGUGCAGGCGAGUGACGUGGUUCACAAGCUGGGCUUCUGCCACAGCAUUCACAUGUUGAACAAGGUGGUGUCCUGGGUGGAGGUGACAGACGCUCGCUCCUGCCCUGCCGUGCACGUGACGGACUCCACGCUCGGAGGCGUACCCACCCGCAUUUUUCAGCCAAACGAGGGGAAGAAGCUGAAAAGAGGAUUGAUUUAUUUCCAUGGCGGGGGCUGGGCACUCGCCAGCGGAAAAAUGCGCUCCUACGACCGCCUCUGUCGCAAAAUGGCAGAAGAUCUGGACGCUGUCAUCAUGUCCGUCGAUUACCGUCUCGCUCCUGAGGCAGUGUUCCCAGAUCAGUACCACGAUGCUUUGGCAGCAUCGCAGGCCUUCCUGUCAGCUGAGGUUUUACAGCGAUACAGCAUCGAUCCAGAGAGGGUCUGUGUGUCAGGAGAUAGCGCCGGAGGAAACCUGGCUGCUGCAGUGGCUCAGCAGCUCGCCUCAGACAACUCUACGAGCGUGAAGUUUACAGCCCAGGCGUUGAUCUACCCGGUGCUGCAGGCGCUCGACUUCCACACCGCGUCCUACCAGCAGAACCAGGCCGUGCCCAUCCUCCACAGGCCUUACAUGGCUCGCUUCUGGCUUCAGUAUUUGGGCGCCAAUAUCUCGCUGGUGCCUGUCCUGCUGGAAAACAACCACAGCUCUCUGGACGAGCCGAACAUCAGCUCUAAGACCCGCUCCAAGCUGAACUGGACCGCCAUGCUGCCGGCUGAGCGCAGGAAGCAUUUCAGGCUGGUUGUUAAAGAGAAGGGGUCGCCUGGCGUGGUGAGCAGGGUGCCGGGGCUGCUGGACGUGAGGGCGGCGCCUCUGCUGGCAGAGCAGGAGGUUCUGGGUAAGACGCCCAAAGCGUAUGUCAUGACCUGUGAGUUUGAUGUUCUGAGGGACGACGGGCUGAUGUACGCCAGGCGCCUUCGAGACGCCGGCGUGGACGUGACCAGUGACCACCACGAGGACGGUUUCCACGGCUGCAUGGUGUUCGCAAACCUGCCGAUGAUGUCGAGCGUCGGCCAGAGGAGCAUGAACAGCUACAUCCGCUGGCUGGACCAGAACCUGUAGACCAGCAGGACGGGUCGGGGAGCUGCAGAGAGAAAAGAGAUGCAGGUUUAAAAACUUGACUUGUGAGGGCAACUAGCGUCACAGCCCAGAAUGCCUCAGAGGUGCUGGAGAAGAUCACUGGAUUUAAAUAUUUAAAUAUUCAUUCAAAUCGAGCAAAAUGUCUUCCUCGGUCAGCCGCAACCAAAGACGUGUAACACAAAACACGAAUCAGUGCUACAUGUUUGUGUCAUUAGUCGUAGGAAACCUAAACGAAUUAAUAAUUCAGUUUCACGCUGGAUUUAAAACUCCCAGACUCGACAGAAACACACGAGACAAAAAACACAAAGGUCAGAAAAUAUAAAUCGGUGUUUUACGUCAAUAUGUACAAUCUGUUUUCACGUUUCGAUCCAUUGGACUAUUAAU